AUGUCCGAAGAAUCUGAGAAGAAAGAGUGGCAUAUAAAAGGAUCUUUAGACGCAGAAUUAGUCGUGACCCCAGCCCUUCCACCUGACUUUCAUAUCAGCCUUCACACACACGAUACACCAGACGGAGAAUCAACGAUUGUCGAACUUAAAAUGGGUUCUCAUCCUGCUCCAAAGAUUAUCUUGUAUACUUCCUAUGCAUGUCCUUGGGCCCAUCGCUCUCAGAUAGCUCUUGCUGAGCUCGGGCUGGAAUUUGAAACUGUCAUUAUCGAUCUUAAGGUUCCACGUACACCAGAGUAUUUGGCCAUCAAUCCCCGGGGUCUCGUGCCUGCUCUCUCCUAUAAUGGAGAAAUCAUCACCGAAUCUGGAGUGAUUUCUCAAUUUUUGGUAGACUCUCAUCCUUCCCACUUGGAGAAGACCAGCCGUGAGGAAGGAGGUGCAUUGCAACGUGCCAGAUACAACUUCUUCAUUGAAACCUACUUCUCGAAGGUUGCCCCACAUGUUAUGAAAGCCGGGGUAGCGAAAUCAUUGGAAGAAAGAGAACAAGCUGCCUCCAAUACUAUAGAUGCGAUUGUGAAGGAGAUAGAGCCUUUAGUUCAGAACGCAGCCCCGUUCUUUGGAGGCUCAGAGAAACUGACAUUUGUGGAAGUUCAAGUUGGGUCAUUUCUGCUCCGACUUUUAGCUUUCUCCAAAUAUGAUGGCUUGCUUCCCAAGAGCCUUUUGACUUUAGAAGAAAAAGCUCCGGCCUUCUGGAGAUGGGCGAAUGCCAUAAGCAAGGAGAAGAGCGUCACUUACAUUUGGGAUGAGGAAGGCACAGCAAAGAGAAUGCUUGAACGAUAUGAGAAGAUUAGAGCAGCUUGACUAGAGAAGCCAAAUUUAUGACGGAACCAUCAUGAGAUGAAUGAAAUAAGAAUCCAGCGGUUUGGGCACAGCAAUGAGGGUAAUGACGGCGUUGAUAUAGUAACAAUUCAAUCUUUUAAGAUAUGCCAAGAAACAUCAGUCUACAAGCCUAA